AAGUGAUGUUUCCGAACGCAUCCCGGUGCAACUAAAAUGAACAGACGAAAUGACAAAACAGACGAACUGUCACUUUUCAACAGUAUAACCAAAUAGAUGAUAGAAUAAAUGUUUGUCUCUUUAAUAACAAGAUAUAAAAGACCAGAAAUAUAAGAUAAACUCAUCUAAAAAACCUGAUGAGUAUAUUUAUAAUCUUCGAAACGUGCAAUACAUAAUGGUGAUAUAUGGUGUCUAUAUCGUAUCAAAAUCUGGUGGUUUGAUUUUCAAUCAUGACCACAAUGUUCCGAAAAUCGAAGUUGAAAAAUCUUUUAAUUAUCCACUGGACAUCAAAUUGAAUUAUGAGAAUAAAAAAGUGAUGGUAGCUUUCGGGCAAAGGGAUGGAAUAAAUGUGGGUCAUGUAUUGACAGCUGUAAACGGAAUCACAGUCACAGGACGUGAACUUGAAGAUGGAAGAGAUGCAUUGAACAUGUUAGAACAGUCAGAAAAUUUUCCUAUAACAUUAAAAUUUAGUCGAGCAAAGAUGACCACAAAUGAGAAAAUAUUUUUAGCUUCAAUGUUUUAUCCACUUUUUGCUAUAGCAAGUCAACUAAGUCCCGAACCACGUAGUUCUGGAAUUGAAGUACUAGAAGCAGAUACAUUUCGUUUAUACUGUUUCCAAACAUUGACAGGCAUUAAGUUCAUGAUAGUAGCUGAACCUUCUCAACCAGGCAUGGAGAUUUUGUUAAAGAGAGUAUAUGACUUGUAUGCUGAUUAUGCACUGAAAAAUCCAUUUUAUGCAUUAGAAAUGCCUAUUCGGUGUGAACUAUUUGAAACUAAUCUACAGACGCUGUUGGAAACUGUUGAAAAAUCUGGGAUAAGCAAUGUAUAAUUAAAUAUAUUAUAUAUAGGUUAUUUAUAAAUUAACACAAUUAUUAAAAAAUAUGUAAUUAAAAUUUUUUUAAUUAUCUUAACUAUUUUUCUAUAUAAAUUUCAUCUUUAUUAAAUAA